CCCCCCCCCCCCCCCCCUCUCUCUCUCUCUCUCUCUCAUGGCCAAAGGGAAACCGGAGACAAAUGACGUCUCCUCCGGUCAACCCCAAGUACCUAUUCCGGCUUUCGAUCCUCCUCAAAAACCCAAAAGAAACAAGUAUGCUUUAGCUUGUUCUAUCUUAGCCUCAAUGACCUCCAUCUUACUUGGAUACGAUAUUGGAGUGAUGAGUGGAGCAAUUAUUUACAUCAAGAAAGACCUUAACAUAACCGACGUCCAAAAGGAGGUCAUAAUGGGCAUACUUAACGUCUAUUCGCUUCUUGGCUCAGCCGCCGCCGGCCGUACCUCUGAUUGGAUCGGUCGCCGGUACACCAUAGUAUUUGCCGGAGCAAUUUUCUUCGUCGGAGCUCUCUUGAUGGGUUUCGCCACCAACUAUGCUUUCCUAAUGGUGGGUAGGUUCGUGGCCGGCAUAGGAGUUGGAUAUGCCCUUAUGAUUGCUCCGGUGUACACCGCUGAGGUUGCUCCGGCGUCCACACGUGGCUUCCUCACUUCUUUCCCGGAAGUUUUCAUCAAUUUUGGUAUGUUUAGAUUUUAAUUAUUUAUGGGCCCUUUGAGUUUUACGUCAGGUUUUGUCUUUUUCAUGUACAUAAAUCUCCAGCAAGAAAAGUAACAUGAUUGGUGCUCGAAAAACUCAAAGGAGCCAGGACAUACAAGUUUUUUCAUAAUUUUGUUUAUACUAAUUCUACACGACACAAAUACAGAUAAGAAAAGAUUUUAAAGCAAUCAAUAACCUACCUUCUAAUUGAUUAAUUCUAUUCUUUCUGUAUAUAUUAACAGAAGGAAAAAAUAUAUUUUUAUCAAUAAAUUAAUAUACUUUAGUUUGAAAAAUCUUGGACGUGGGUCCAGUGUCAUGCUACAACUUGCGUGGAAACAUGCUCUCAUUUCCUACCCAUAUCCUGACCUAAAAUGACGAAUAACUGAUGCCAUC